CCCUCUGUGGUGCUCUCUUUAUUUGAUCGAAGCUUUGAAUGCCACACAUAUGUAACUCCUCAUCAGCAGAAAUAGAGGAGAGACUACAGUGAUAGCACAGCUUCACCCAUCUUCAAGACAGAUUCAGGAAUGGGCAGGAAUCUCAGUCCAGUUCUCCGCAGAGAGCUGGCUAACCUUGACAAGGAUGCUGACAGUCGAAAAUUGGCUAUGAAAACACUCAAAUCUUAUGUGAAGGACCUGGACUCGAAGGCGAUCCCUCUCUUUCUUGCUCAGGUUUCUGAAAGCAAGGAUUCUGGUUCAUCAUCUGUGGAAUACACCAUUUCCCUCUAUGAAGUUCUAGCCCGUGUACAUGGUCCUAAUAUUGUUCCUCAGAUAGACAACAUCAUGUCCACCAUCAUCAAAACCUUGAGCUCGAGCUCAGGAUCCUUCCCACUCCACCAAGCAUGUUCAAAGGUAGUCCCUGCUAUCGCUCGGUAUGGGAUUGACCCACGGAUACCAGAGGAUAAGAAGAGGAGGAUAAUCAAGUCUCUCUGUAAGCCUCUUUCAGAUUCCCUAUUGGGUUCCCAAGAGGGCCUUGCUUCGGGAGCAGCCCUUUGUUUGAAGGCUCUUGUAGAUGCUGACAAUUGGCGGUUUGCAUCAGAUGAGAUUGUAAACGAGGUUUGUCUUAGAGUUGCUGGGGCAUUAGAGGAGAAACCCACUCAGACCAAUUCUCACAUGGGGUUGGCUAUGGCUUUGGCAAAGCAUAACAGCCCAAUUGUUGAGGCCUACACAAGAUCACUAAUACGAUCUGGAUUACGAAUUCUGAGUGCCGGUAUUGCAGAUGGAAAUUCUCAAAAGCGGUUGUCUGCCAUCCAAAUGGUGAACUUCUUAAUGAAGUGUGUGGACCCUCGGAGUAUUUUCACAGAGUUGGGGACAGUUAUUGAGGAAAUGGAGAAAUGCCACUCCGAUCCAAUGGCUUUUGUGAGAGGGGCAGCUUUUGAAGCAUUGCAGACUGCCAGGAUAAUAGUUGCAGACAAAGGUCCAAAAUUUGAGAAGGAUUCAGGAUCAAUCACAGGAUUGAAUUUUGUAAGGAGUACAGAUUAUGAUGGGCAAAAAAAUAUAUGGAAUUCAGGAGAUCGAUCUCCAGUUUCUGCAUCACCAGAAUCACAAACUGUUGAUUCUUUCAUUGAGUUUGAUUCUUUGGUUGAAUCACCAAUUCCAACUGAACUGGAAUCAUGUAAUUUGGAUUAUGGAGGUAGGAGUGUUAAUAGGAAACUCUGGAAGAAUGACAAUGGUGGAGUGGAUGUGUCACUCAAGGAUGGUUUGUUUUCGGAAGCGAGUGUGGGCAGUAAUGUAUCAAACACUCUUUUGGAGGGCUUUGAUGAUGAUGUAAUAAGCAAUAAUGGAGAUCAAUCAGAUGUAUUCUCCGGGUUUUUGUGGGGAAGUCCUAGAAAUGGAGUAACACGCAGUACUACUCCUAGUCCGCAGAGGCCACACUCGCAACUCAACAUUGAUGACAUUAAGAUCUUCACAACUCCAAGGAAGCUUAUUUGUUCUCUUCAGGAUCCGAAUGAUGUAAGAUCUGAAUCUUCUGAGAAGCAAACCCAAAGGUUUAGAAGCCCAGCCUUGAAACAUUCGCAAUGGAUCCCAGCAAGGAAAGAAGGGAAAGGCCUAUCAUAUGAUCUAAAGUAUGAUGUUGAAGGUGCCAAAAGUAUAUCCAAGAAUGGGGAGCAGACACAUAUUGGCUCUGAGUCCGUGUCAUCAACAGGUGAUGUUCUCACUAAUACUGAACAAGUGCCUGAUGAAGUGAGUAUUGAAGAUAAAGCUGGAGUCCGAAGUCAUAAAAACAGAAGUUUUAAGAUGGUUGCUCUUAAUUUGAUUUGUUGCCUCUUCUUCAUCCUUCUUGCAAUUAGCAUUUCAGUAACAUGGACUGAUAGUCUGGAGGAAGGGUCUAAUCUUGUUCCAACCUGAUUCUAUUUUGCUGUAUACGGAAUCUGUAAGCAAUCUUGCAGGUAAGAAGUCUGGUUAUUAUGAACAUUAACAACCUUCCUUGAAUUUAAAUCUAUUUAUUAGGGAAAGCUCUCAA